AUGAAAAGCUUAAAAUUCUUAGCAGCAGAGGGUUUUGUUCGAAGUGGCCCAUGUGCUAUAAGGAAUCUUGGUUGCUUGUCUUAUAAUCUAUACCCAAUGCUGUUUAAGGCCAGCUACCUGCUGGAAGAGGCAGAUGUGCUCCAUAACUUGGUCAAGACGUGGCCUCUCGCUGAGCUUAAUCUACGGAGGUUAUUGGAAAAAACUCCAGACUGCCAGACAGAUCUCACUUCGCGCACUUGCAGCCUCUGUCUCAAAGCCUUGAUGAAGGGUCUGAAGGACUAUGUUCUUAAUGAAACAACUACAUACACCAAAGUUCUGAGGGUGGUGGAUCUGACCGGGCUGCAGGAUAUCGAGCACCAGACCUGUCCAUGCAGAAGCUCGCUGGGCCGCUGGGCUCGCACAGAACUGCUCACACGCAUGUGCUACGAGACGAUGGUGGCCAUGCAGGCAGAUCAGGCAGCAGCAUCAGCCUGGAAGGUGGAGGUGGAUGUCCGGCUCAACGCCUUUGUAACAGGACGAAGCUAUGAAAUGGUGACUCAGGCUCUUCUCUUGCUCAGCCACUGCCCGUUAAAGCUGCGCUGUGUGGGUUUGCGUGUGGACUCACUUCCUCUGAAGAACCUCUUCUAUUUGCUGCGCCUGGUCAACACUGAAGGCCUGUACAAGUUGGAGGUUGUGCAUAAUGUUCAUCUGGAGGCUCCACACCUGGAGGUGAUGCUGUCACAGCUUCAUUUUCCUCACCUGCGCUCGCUCACAUUACCAGCACAGGCACUGGAUGUGCGCAGACUGACUCGGGGUAAUGAGGACCUACUCACAGUGCUGGGAGAGCUGAUGAGCAAGAUGAGCGAGUUGAGAGAGCUCUACAUGGGCUUCUCGACCCUUACAGGACAACUGAGACGACUGCUGAGUCCUUUGAACACUCCACUGCAGUGUAUAGAGCUGGCUAACUGUUGCCUCAGCACUGUGGACAUGGCUUACCUGGCGAACAGCCUGCACAGUGAGUUUCUAGUAAAACUGGAUCUUAGUGGCCACGUGGUGGCUGAUCUGUUCCCCAACACCUUCCGCAAACUGCUGCAUCACUGCUCUGCUACUCUCAAGAGUCUGUGUUUGGAGGAGUGUGGCAUGUCAGAUGAGAACCUGGAACUCCUCAUUCAUGCGCUGAGACCAUGCAAUGCCAUACAAGAGCUUAAGAUUCUGGGGAACCCACUGAGCAUCGCAGCCCUGCACCAACUCUUUACAAUGCUGGCACAAGGCUAUCCAGCUCUGAGGUAUAUAGAGCUGCCAGUACCUCGUGACUGCUACUCUGAUAAUGUAACCUACCCACUGGACGAUUCCACACUGCUGAGUUAUGAUAGAGAGAAGUUCCACCAAGCCAGAAGCGAACUGGUGGCCAUUCUUGGACAAGCUGGAAAAGGACAUGUUGAAGUAUGCACACCGCUGCACGGUGUCUAUGAUCCCGACAUCCGUGAGACAAGCAACGAGCUAGGGGUUUCUAUGGUGCGCUCUUUUAACACAGUCAUAGGGAACUUUAUACACACUGUGGCGAGCGUGACUGAACGGAGAGAAAAUAGUCUAAAUGAGUGAGAUCACAAAACAGAGGUUUAUUGUCCUAUUCAAAACAUGGGAAAAGACUACAGUGCCAGAAGGAGGAAAAAAAACACCUAAGAAAAGUUAGGAAAAAGUAAAUUACUUAAUAUAUACAGUUGUUCUCAAAUGUUUGCA